AUGAAGAUGCUCGCACCUGGAGGCCGGAUCGUCUACUCUACAUGCUCUCUCAACCCGGUUGAAAAUGAAGCAGUGGUCGCUGCUGCAUUGAGGAGCAGUAAUGGAGAAUAUUGUUUGGUGGAUUCUUCCGACCGUCUCCCAGAACUCAGCAGACGUCCAGGGGUCAAUAGCUGGAAGGUAGCAGUUGACAAGCAAGGGGAACGGCUCGCAGAGUCCUACGAUACCUACUGGAACGGACUUAAUGAACAUAUGAAAAGAGAAAGCAAGAUUCUUGACACUAUGUUCCCACCUGCGAAUGUAGAGAACCUGCACCUAGAUCGUUGUUGGCGUAUAUACCCACACCUACAGAACAGUGGCGGUUUCUUCGUUGCGGUACUAGAACGGUCACCUACUUUCGCUAUGCCGGUUCCUCGCAAAAAGCCAGCAAAGAGACCAGUUGCGGAGAUGAGUGGUACUCCAGAGCCAGAUACUCACAAGAGACCGCGGAUUGAAAAGGAGGACCCCGAACUUGUAAUGGAUGUCGACAUGGUGGACAAACCCGAGUCAGAGGCGGUUGGCCCAACAGAACCUUCCGUGGUAGUGGAAGAGAGGAAAAAAACUGGUGGAACUUACAAAGAAGAGCCGUAUACUUAUAUUGAACCGAAUGUUCCAGACGUCCAGAAAUGCCUGAGAUACGAUGGCUCUUAUGGAUACAAUGCAACCUCUCCAUUCCCGGCUCACAACCUCUUCGUGAGGAACGCUGACCCAACAGUCCUGCGUUCCAUAUAUCUUUCCAACGAUCUUGUCAAACAAGUCCUUACAUUCAACGAACCAAGUCGAUUGAGAUUCAUCAGUGCAGGUAUCAAGCUUGCUACGAGACAAGAAGGAUCCAAUAGGAUGGCGAACAAGCUAAAGAGAAGCGGAGGAAUCAGCGCAGAGGAAGUAGGCGAUGGCGGCACCGAAUCGAAAUAUCGGGUACUAAAUGACGCCGUCACGCAAAUACUACCUUACAUGGUUCCAGGAGAUGUGUUGAACGGGGACAUGAACGUGUUGAAGACCUUCAUUCGAAAAGCUUAUCCCUUGACAAGAGAAUUCCCUGAAGUAGUCCGUGACAUGUUCGAGAAAUGCGGUAAGCAUGAUGUAGUGAAUGGCAAGCUCGAGUCUCAUGGCUACUCCCAGACUUUGGGCACCAA